CUGCCCAUCAUAUAUAAACUCCAGGCUGAGUUUGUAGUGGGGUUUGAAGGCGGCUGAACGGUUUUAGACACUAUAGCACGAGAUUACCGCCUUGUUUUUCAUUUAUUAUUCCGCCUGGCCUUCUGGGUUACGCAUUUAUAUUCUCACAGAUGGUUCAGUAUCAGCUCUGGCUGCACUGAGUAUCCACGUAAAAGCCUUUAAAUCAGUUUUAAUCCAAACAACCCCCGAAAAAACGUUUAUUUUAACAGCGGAACUCACGAUGCCUUUGGAUCUGGGGAUGUACAAGAGCCGCGCAGAUUAUAAAUCCCCGAAACAAUGCCAAAAAACUUCCUUUGCAUUUUAUCAGGCUGUCCGGGACCUGUUGCCGGUGUGGGUCCUGGAGGACAUGCGGACAAUGGAGGUGUUUCACUGGGAAGAUGACGGACAGGCGUGCGCGUACUCCCCGUCGGAGGCGUUUCUGUACGCGCUGGUACAUGAUCACCAGCAGUACGCGCGUUAUUUACUCAGCAGGUUCUCCACCGGCGCGCUGGAGAUGCCCAGCAGAAGCUUCUGCUGCUGCCAGGCGUCCAGCACUCCGCACCUGGCCGUAGCCGUCCGCUACAACCGCAUCAACAUCCUGAAAAUGAUCAUGGCCACCAUUAAAGACCUCACAGACUGCGAGAGACGGAGCUACCUGAACCGUCACGGAUGCGUCCACACCGACGGCAGCAAAACCGCGCUGCAUCUCGCGUGUGAUCUGGUGCGUCCUGAGUGCUUGGCACUGUUGCUGGGUCACGGCGCGUGCCCUUACGCAACGGACCUGACAGGGAACACCCCCCUGGACUGUUUACUCAGCCAGAUCUGCCAGAGUGAUUUUGACAUGCGGGCGAAGCACAUCUGCCUCGGCUACCUCGUUUUAUUCAUGCCCACAUUUCGCUUCCGGAUGAAGAGACAGUUGCAGGACAGUGGCGAUGUGUGGAGGGCGCUCAUAGGAGAGCAGGCCUUCCAGUGGCUUUCAGGAUCAUCACCUCCAUCGCUGUUCGUUCAGGCCAUGCAGAAGCUCAGCCAGUCCAUUCCCACAGAUCAGCUGGACUCACUACCAGACUUUCUGAAACCCCUGGACUUCAGACUGGAUCAAGCUUAAUGUGCGCAACUGGAAAUCUAAUGAAGUAAAUUGUUUGACUCAAUUCUUUCUUGAAAUAUUCAGGUUUGAGUGUAUGUGGAAAGCUCUGUAAAUAGUUAGAUUUUGUAUGGUCGCAUUGUGAAAAACACUGUAAAAUUAUUAAAAUGUAUAUUCUUUUGCA